ACUGAGGCGCUUCUUUGCAUGGUGUGCCUCGUGCUUCACCUCCGUGGCAAUGUUUACAAACACCAGUCGGCACCACGCCUAGGAGUGCAGGAGCUGGACGGGCGUUGUUAAUAUUUGAAAGUUAUAUCUGGGAGACUGCAAGAAAGUGGAUAUUGUUAGUCAGCCCUUCCUGCUCUUCUGCAGACUGUGGAACUACAAAUUCAUAAAUAAGAAAGGACAGAAUGGAAGUCAUCUCUCCUGAGGGUUUGAGGCAGGAUGGUCGCACCCCAUUGUGCCUGAGGGAUAUCAGCUGCCGCCUUGGUCUUUAUGACAGACCUAAUGGCAGUGCCUACAUUGAGAUGGGCAAUACCAAAGUCUUGGCUGCUGUGUAUGGUCCUCGGGAGGUGCGAUCACUCAGCAAACAAAAUCUAGACGAGUGUGUCAUCCAGUGUGAGAUGAGCCGCAUUGCUGCAUGUCAAGGAGAGCGUGUGAGGCGGCCCAGGGACCAGCGCACCCGAGCACUCAGCCUGCAAAUUGCUGGAGUGUUUCAUGCUGCUAUAAGGAAGACAAAGUACCCAGGCUCACAAAUAGAUAUCUAUGUACAGGUGCUGCAAGCUGAUGGGGGAGUGACCUCUGCCUGCAUCAAUGCCUCCACUCUGGCCCUGAUACAUGCUGGAGUGGAGCUCGUGGACUAUGUGGUCUCCUGCACUGCCUCUAUCAACAAAACCACACCCAUGCUGGAUGUGACCCAGCAAGAGUCAGCAUCAGGUUGUGAGGUGACUGUCUCUAUUCUCCCCAACAAGGGGAGUGUGGUGUCCCUGGAUUGUGCCCACACACUCCACCUUGAUCAGCUGGAUGAAGUGGUUGAUCUAGCCAUGGAAGGCUGCCAACAAGUUUACAAAGCCAUGAGUCAAGAAGUGGAGACAUAUUUACAAGACAAACAUGCCAUAAUGUCUCAUCGCUAAGCAACAUUUAAGCUCAGUACUGUGUUUUGACAUUAUGGUGUCAAAAUAUUCUUCAUCGCCAUCUUCAUCUCAUAUUUCUUAUCAUAGCAUUCACAUCCUCUGUGAUUUUCAGACUUUGCUUUGAGACUGAUUCUGUUAUAAUCUUCUAUUAAAAUAAAAGAAUUAAAACAUUUAUUAAGAAAUCAUUUUAUCCAGAUGCUGUUAUUUAAAAUGGCAAAUUCGUAUUCUUUUUUGUUAA